CCACUGCAAGACACGCCCACCCACGAAAGGAAUGACUAAAGGUGAGAGCCGCCCAAACGCGAUCGGGCCUCUUCGGGCUCCGUCCGCCGGGUCCCCAGGGGUCGGGCUUCACCUCCCGCCGAUCUUCCCGUAGCGAUCGCCGUGUGCCCUGCGUCCUUUGCUCGCGAUGCCUCCCCCGCGAGGUGACGUGACCGUCUUGUUCCUGGGGCCUCCAGGCUCCGGGAAGUCGGCUGUGAUCGCCGCCCUGUGCGACAAGAACGUGGACACCGUCGAGAUCCCCGAUCCCUCACGGCCGGACACCGGGAUCCCCAGCCUCAGAACUGCUGGUCCUGGCCUGUUUCUGGGUGAACUGAGCUGCCCACCCGCAGCUCCUGGGCCCUGGGCGGCCGAGGCCAACGUGCUGGUACUGGUGCUGCGGGAACCUGAGAGCGAUGGCCAGCCUUUGGCCCCAGCGUUGGCAGAGGCAGCGAGGGCCGCCCUGGCCAGAGGGACCCCGCUGCUGGCUGUGCGGAACGUCCCUCCUGGGGAUUCACUGAAUGACAGCCAGGCCCGUCAGCAGACCAAGGCCUUGCUGGACAGCGAGGGGCUGGCAGCUGCGCCCCUCUUUGUGCUGCCGGCCGACUGCGGUAGCCGAGACUGCUGCGAGGAGCUGGAGCGCCUGCGGACGGUGCUGCGGAGCCAGGCGGAGGCGCUGCAGAGGCACCUACCCCCGGCCCAGGAUGGCUUCGAGGUGCUGGGCGCAGCCGAGCUGGAAGCUGUGCGCGAAGCCUUUGAGACCGGUGGUCUGGAGGCGGCGCUGUCGUGGGUGCGCGCUGGCCUGGAGCGCCUGGGCAGUGCGCGGCUGGAUCUGGCUGUGGCUGGCCGAGCGGACAUGGGCAUGGUGCUGGACAUACUUUUAGGACUGGAUACUGACGAUCGAGGUGCUGCGCCUACUAAGGCGCCCGCGGGACCCACCCCGUUCCCAGCUCCGGAGCGCCCCAAUGUGGUACUCUGGGCCGUCCCUCUGGGCCCCACGGCCACUUGUCCUGCCACAACCUCUCACCCGACCCACUACGAUGCCCUCAUCCUCGUCACGCCCGGGGUCCCCACGGCCGAGGACUGGGCUCAGGGACGCGCUUUGGUGUCACCUGAUGCGCCCCUAGCCGGCGUGCGAACCGAUGGCCAGGGCGAGGAUCCCCCGGAAUCCCUGGAAGAAGAGGACAAGUUGGAGAAGGCUAGUGGAGAAGGAGGAGGAUUUCAGGAGGGAAAAAACUGUGGCGCCGGAUCGAAAGCAGGCGGCGGGGAUUUGCCACCGGUUGUGGGCAGCGCUAAGAAAGCUGAUGGUGGGGAGACGGGGCGCACGGCCGCGUGCAGCCCCGAGGACGAGACGUGGGAGGUGCUGGAGGAGACGCCGCCGCCCGUGUUCCCCCUACGGCUGCACGGCCUCCCUGGACUGGCCACUUGGCUGCGCCGCGCGCUGCCCCCGGCCCAGGCCGGAGCCCUGCUGCUGGCGCUGCCCCCGGCGUCUCCCCGCGAAGCCCGGAGGAAAGCCGCGGCGUUGCGGGCCGGGGCCUGGAGGCCGGCUCUACUGGCCAGCUUGGCGGCCGCCGCCGCCCCUGUACCCGGCCUGGGCUGGGCUUGCGACGUGGCCCUUCUCCGCGGGCAGCUGGCCGAGUGGCGGCGGGCGCUGGGGCUCGAACCGGCGGCCGUUGCGCGGCGCGAGCGCGCCCUGGGCCUGGCUCCGGGGACGCUAGCCGAGCGCGCGCGCUUCCCGGGCCCCGUGACGCGCGCGGAGGUGGAAGCCCGGCUGGGAUCCUGGGCGGGCGAGGGCACGGCGGGCGGGGCGGCCCUGGGCGCGCUGUCCUUCCUGUGGCCCGCGGGUGGUGCCGCGGCCACAGGCGGGCUGGGGUACCGGGCCGCCCACGGCGUCCUGCUGCAGGCCUUGGACGAGAUGUUAGCUGAUGCCCAGGUCAUAUUGACACCCCCCUGAGUCCACCCAGCGAGGGGCAGGCGUGGGGGUGGCUGGGGUGCCUUGUGAAAACGGGUUGUGGGGUGGGUGGAAGGGUGCUACUCAAUCCUGGGGACUUUUUUUUUCCCCCCCUUUAUUUUUUUUUAAAUAUGAUUUUAUUUAUUUGAGAGAGAAUGGGCACACCAGGGCCACCUUGUGCAUCUGGCUUAAGUGGGUCCUGGGGAAUCGAACCUUGGUCCUUUGGCUUUGCAGGCUAAGCCAUCUCUCCAGCGCAAUCCUGAGGGCUUGAAGGGGUUGGGUUUGGUUUCUGGGAUUGUUAUGCUCAGUGACUAUUAGACUCCUGAGCUGGAGUGGGGUCCACAGGUUAGGGCUUCCCGUUGUCUCUACGCUUAGAAAUAGGCCUCUCCGACCUUAAUCGAUUCUUUCUGAUGGAAGGUCUGUCUCCCUGUGGGGUGAACCAAUGACCCCUAGAGAGACCCUCGGACUCUGCUCUCCCUCUCUGUUUUUGUUCCAACAAAACCGAAGGGAGGGGGCAAGUGUGUGGGCAUGGCAGCGACCAGAUGGGAAUGAGGCUUUCUGGAUAUGCAGGAAUCGAAGUCCUUACUUCCUGCCCGGCAUCCCUGUGACCAUGGAGCAAUCCCUCUGAGUUUGGGAAAGGGUGUGACUACCCCCAUUUUAUGGGUGCUGGGUGUUUCAGGGUGUUUCUGGCAUGUGUGUUCCUGUCCCUUUAAGGGGUUUCUAUAUUAUGGUUAUUGGCUUCCUCUGUUGUAAUGACCUUCUUUUUUUUAAACCCUUUUUGUUUUUGAGUUGGCCGUAGUAGGUCCUGCCUCGGGACUUAUGCACACGCUGUCUUUUUGUUUCGUUGUUUUGAGGCAGGAAAGGGGCCUCACUGAGCCCAGGCUGGCCCUGAACUACAGUGAUCCUCCAACCUCAGCCUCCCCACUGCUGGAAUUAUAGGCAUGCGCCACGACGACCGGUUAUUGUUUUUGUGACCGGCUCCUUGUCCAGGUCUCUACUGAAAUGUCCCCACAAAGAGGACUUCUCUGAUUACCUCAAGUUGGGUAGCUUGCACAUCCACAUAACUGACCAGUUAGUUUUCCUCAUAGCAAAUAGUAUUUUUUGUUUUGUUUUGUGAGAGUCCUCUCUUAUUUAUUACAGAAAGAGGUAGAGAGAGAAUGGGCGUGCCAGCACCUCCAGCCGCUGCAAACAAAUUCCAUAUGCAUGUGCCACCCUGUGCAUCUGGCUUACGUGGGCUCUAGGGAGUCCAACUUAAGUCCGUAGGUUCCUCAGGCAAGUGCCUUAAUCACUGAGCCAUCUCUCCAGUCCUGAUAGCACAUAUUACUGUCAAAAUGACCUUAUUAAGGCAUUUGCCUGUUUGCUGGUAUUCUUGCCUCCUUGCCCAGAGUGGUCUCUGGUGUAACCAACCCCAGCUCUGACAGCAAUGCCUGACACACGGUGGCCGGUCCUGCCAAACACUGACGGGCGGCAGAGGUCGGUGUGUUCUCACAGCGGCUGAUGUCUCCAGGGAGAGGACAGCACGGUGGGAGGCGGAAGCCCUGGGAAGCAAGGGUAACGUUGCUGCAAUCCUGUCUCUGCGACCAGUGCCUUCUUGUCUGUCUGGAACAGGCUGCACCUUGAGUAGUUCAUCCGCGGCCAAGAACAAGGGUUGCUGGUCUGAAGCUGGGCAGAGGUGCCUCUAUCUGCGGUUAGAACUCCCACCACUGGCACAGUUAAUGGCAGCCAAGUCCAGGUGAUGCGGGGUACGGUGGGCACACCUGCGAUCCCAGCGCUGGAGAGGUGGAGGCAGGAGGAUCGGGGGUGCAAAGCUAGCUUCAUAUUGAGUGAAGCCCAGCCUGGGCUAGGCACCCCCCCAACAACCCACAUACACAAGACCCUGAGGCUGGUGAGGGGCAAACGAUCCUACGGGACUUUGGGCAAGUACUCUGCGAAUGGCUCUUAUGCGUAGUCUUGUGAGAGUUCACUGUAUUUGUAUAUACUGUCCUGACUGCAUAUGAGCACACACCAUACUGUAGCCUCCUCUUUGAAGCCAGGCAUGCUGAGAACUCAAACAUUACUCCUGGACACACACCCUCCACCUGGGAAGCCCCAGGGUGACCAGUCCUAGACCACUCUCUACAACUAUGACCACCCCCACCACUCUUUUUCAUGCAGUCCAGGCUGGCCUCAGACUCAUAACCGAGAAUGGCCUUUUUCUUGUGAUGCUACUGGGAUUCCAGACAUGUGUUACAACGUCCAGCUCUGACCCUGUCUUUUUUUUUUUUUCUUGUGACUUAUGCCUUAUUUUGUUGACAGUUUUGUGCGCAUAUACAAUUUAACCAUAAACCCCUCCCAAUUACUCCCUCUUGUCUCCCUUUUAUGUAUUUUAUUUAUGUGAGACAGAAGGGAAGGACCUCCAGCCACUGUCAAUGACCUCCAGACGCAUGCGCCCCCUUGUGCAUCUGGCUUAUGUGGCUUCUGGAGAUUUGAACCUGGGUGCUUAGGCUUUGCAGGCAAGCACCUUAACCGCUAAGCCAUCUCUCCAGCCCUCUGGCCUUCUUGAUGCGGUUCUUCCUGGCCUCCCUGAUCUGGGCUUUGCUGCUGGAGCUCGUCCCUGCCCCUCUGGCAGGGGGUCCUGCCAGACUUGUUAGAAGAAUCAGACUUCUGUUUCUGUGUGUGUAUGUGUUGAGUGUGCUGGUUGGGUUUAUGGGGUUGUAUAGUUCCAAGACACUUUUGGGGGACACUGCCUUUUCUGUUUUGCUUGGGAAGGACAUGAGUGAGGCAUCUGUCUCUGGACACAUCCAAACAGAAAGGACUCAAUCUCCCUGUGGAAAGGCCGCCAAGAGGUUGUAUACCCAUGAGGCACUUCAUGGCCAGAAGACUCUGGAAGCAGGAAUUCCAGGAAAUGUCAGCUCUCGACGCCAGAACUCCAGGAAAUGUGUAGUGACUGUUGACAUUGUCACAAAAGGUCCCCCAAAAGGGCAAGUGGAUGACAUGCCCUCAUCACCGAGGUGGGUUUUUAUACAUUUCUGAGUAAUGAUGGGGACGGAUGUAGGUCUACUACAAUGGAGGACAGGUCAUCAGUGUGCUCAGCCUGUGGUGAUUUUUAGAAAAAUGAAUAAACACGAGUACAGAUCCUA